CGUCGCAAGCCCGCAUCAACGAGCAGGAGGGAUAUAAAACCCUCCGCCCCCUCCUCCCCCAAACCCUUCCGCCGCCGCCGUCGCCGUCGCCUGCUCCAGCGCGCUCGCCGCCGGCCGCCCUACUCCCGCUCCAGGCCCGUCACCGCCGUCGCCGAUCCAACAUGGGUAAGACACGUGGUAUGGGAGCUGGGCGCAAGCUCAAGACCCACAGGAGAAACCAGAGGUGGGCCGACAAAGCAUACAAGAAGAGCCAUCUUGGCAAUGAAUGGAAGAAACCCUUUGCUGGUUCAUCUCAUGCAAAGGGCAUUGUCCUUGAAAAGAUUGGCAUUGAAGCUAAGCAGCCAAACUCUGCUAUCCGUAAGUGUGCUCGUGUUCAGUUGGUGAAGAAUGGGAAGAAGAUAGCUGCCUUUGUGCCGAACGAUGGUUGCUUGAACUUCAUCGAGGAAAAUGACGAGGUGCUCAUCGCUGGGUUUGGUCGUAAGGGACAUGCUGUGGGAGACAUUCCCGGUGUCCGUUUCAAGGUGGUGAAGGUCUCCGGCGUCUCUCUCCUCGCCCUCUUCAAGGAGAAGAAGGAGAAGCCAAGAUCUUAAAUCCUAUUCCCCUCCAUUGCAAGCAGCUGGAGCGGCAUGGCGGCUAUAAGAAGUACAAUUAGCUACAUUCAGCUAAUGAAUUCUGGGGCCUUCCUUUUCUGCUUCUGGCAGCUAAUCUCUCUCUGAAAUUCAGACUCGAUGUUGUGGUGAACAUGUCAAUCGUAUUUUUACCCCCCCUAAUCACCUGAAUUCAAAUUCCAUAUAGAAGUAGCAGCGGAUUUGGUUUCCUUCAGCGCGAUUUUAAAAUUCAAACCUGGAAUGUCGUGGAGUGAAGUAGUGUCAUCAUAUGCUUGUGAAUCUCUGCAAGUUGCAAGCAGCCUAUUUUGUUGUUUUCU